UCCGCCGCCGCGGCUUUGACGAGUCCCCAGGGACGUACGAGGCGCAGGCAUCGCCGGCGCUGCUGCUCCGAUUCACUGGACAGCCCUUCUGGCCGGUACUGGCCGCGGCGGCACGCUCGGUGCUCGGAGAGCUCUGCUACUGGAUCCAAAAUCCGCAGCGCAGCCUACGAUGGCGGAUAACGAUGAACAAGUCGCAAAAAACCUCCUCGUCUACGCGGCGGACAAGGGCACGCAGGACGUCGACCGCCAGAAGAUCAACGCGAUCAUCCUCGAGAUGAGCGGGGACAGCAAGUAUACGAACGAGAAGAAGGAAAAAAGGGACAAUUCGCAGGAAUGGAUCGCCACGGCGCGCAAGAAGCUCGCGACGUUUGAUGCCACCCAGAGAAGUGUAGCAAGACACCACCUGACCAAAACCGAGGCGCGGUUCGAGAAGCGGCGGCACGAGCUCGACGCGGCCGGGACGUGCUGUGCUGUGGUUGAUUUCGACAUGUUCUACGCCGCCGUGGAGAUUCGGGACCGGCCGGAGCUCAAGGACAAGCCGGUCGCCGUGGGCGGCAUCGUCGCGCACUGCGUAGAAAUCAAUUGCAAAGCGCUACACGCCAUCGACGCGACUCACUGGUUUACUUGCGCACAGGGCAUGAUCAGCACAGCGAACUACGUCGCGAGGAAGUGGGGCGUGCGCAGCGCCAUGCCUGGUUUUAUUGGCCAGGCGCUGUGUCGGCGCGGCCCGGAAUUCGGCAUGCCCAAGACAGAGCUUGUCUUCGUAUCGCCCGACUUCGCCAAGUAUGAACGCGUCGCGGGCAUCGCACGGGCUAUAUUCGCGCAAUACGACCCGCAUUUUAGGGCCUACUCGGCGGACGAAGCGUACAUCGACCUGACGCGCUACCUUCGAUGCCGCGUGGCCUGCGGCGACCACGCAUCGGCGCGAGCCAUGCUCGCGGACGAGGCGCUGGAGAGCGGCGCGUCACGGCUCGCCGAGGCUCGCGAGGCGGCGCGGCGCGUCGAGGAGCUCGAGCCGGAACUUGAGGCUUUGCGGGCCGCCGGCGACGACGAAGACGUCAUCGAGGUCGAGGAAGACGACGACGACGACGAGCCCCCGCCGAGCCGCGAGGAACGGAUCGCCGCGCUCGAGGCCGAGCUCGCGCGGGCGCGAUCGCUAGUCGACGACGCGGCGGGCGCGUUCGAGGAACUGCGGGGCCGCGGCAUCGACGUGUCGUCGGGAGACAUGGACGUCGUCGCUCGACACGUCAAAAAGCGCCUGGCCGAGAUUAGUGCCGCAGUCGACGCGCUGCCGGCCCUAGAUAUUGUUGCGGACGACAAAGCGGGCGCGCUCGCCGAGCGAGUCCUGGACGAGAUGCGCGCGACGGUGCGGGACGCGACGGGCGGCCUGACGCUGUCGGGCGGCCUCGGGCCGAAUUUUCGAUUAGCCAAAGUCGCGGCGGACCAGAAGAAACCCGAUGGACAAUUCCGCGUCGGCGCGGGAAAAUCGGCCGUGCUCGAAUUCCUGCGGGACCUACCGUGGCGCGCGGCGUCCUUGAGGCGGUUUCAUCGCGUCGAUGGCGUUCGCUGACCGACACGCGCGCAGGUGCCGUAAGAUCGGUGGCAUCGGCCGCGUCCUCGAGAUGAAGCUCGCGGACGCGCUGAACGUGCGGACGUGCGGUGAUUUGAUAGAUAACCUGCCGGAGUGCUACUGCGUGCUGGGCAAGAGCGCGGCCAUGGGCUUCCUCCACGAGGUCGCGUUGGGUUGCGGCGAAUGCGGCGGCCCAACAGACGAUGGUGAGGAGGACGACGAACGCGUGAUUCGCCGGAAGGGUCUAGGAAACGAGCGGACCUUCAGGCCCGUGCGAGGCGUCGCCGCUCUCACGGAGAAGCUCGUACGCAUCGCCGGCCUCGUGUCCGAGCGCUUGGUAAAGCAUGAUAUGAGGGCUGCUAAAUGGACGCUCAAGCUGAAGACGACGGACUUCCGAAUAAGCACGAGAGAUACUGCGACGAAAAAGACGGGCAAGGACAAGUAUGUGCGAUCGGUGAAGGCCAUCGUCAAACUGUUGAAGCCUCUGCUCCUCGAGGCCAUCGGCGAGGCGGAGGCGGCGGGCACGCCGUUGGAAAUUAGAUUGAUGGGCGUGCGGUCCUCGGACUUCGAGGGCCAGUACGUGCCCUUGGCGCGAGGUCAGACGACCCUGAAAGACGUGAAAAUGAAACCCGCGAGUCCGCCGCGGCCGCAACCCGCGGCGCCGGCGGCGCAGAAGACCUUGGCAGACGUCAAGUUCAAGCCAGUGAGCCCGCCGCCGCCGCGGUCCACGCAUCCUGCACCAGCGUCGCCCGCGUCGCCCGGGGCGACCGCGGGCAUCGACGGCGCCGACGUCGACCCCGCGACGCUCUCAGAACUGCCGCCUGCAGUGCGCGCCGACAUCGAAAGGCAACUCGCGCUGUGGCGCAAGUCGCGCCGCAGCGCUCCCGCGCGGCGCCCGCCGCCGAAGAAGCCGCGGACGCUCGACGCCUUCCUCGCGGCGCCGGCACCGGCGCCCGCGGCCCCGCCACCGACGCAAGUCGACGAGCCCGCCGUGGCCCAGAUUACGUCCAUGGGCUUCUCGCGGAAGCGUGCCCUCGCAGCCCUCCAGCAGGCGAACGGUGACGUGCCUCGAGCGCUCGAGCGGCUCCUGUCGUGAAUUGUAGUGAUAAGACAAUGUUAUAC